AUUGUAUGACAAAGUUUGUUCCAUCAGAAUAAUUCUGCUUGUGUCUCUUAAAGAGUUUUCUUCACAAUGUGGAAGGCGGUGUGUUUUACAGUCCCAUGUAUGAGACAUGGCUUAGGAUCAUGAAUGAAGACAACGAAGAGGAGAAAAUAAUUAUGGCCCAGAGUCUGUUAAAGAUGCUGCCCAGAGCCAACCAACUACUGCUGAAACAUCUGUUUGAAAUGUUGAGCCAAAUCCACCAGAAUUCCUCCAUUAACCUGAUGACCUCAUACAACUUAGCUGUCUGCACAGCCACCAGCCUGAUGGCCCCGCCCCCUGAUGCCAGAGCAGGAUUUGAUAUUGAACUCAUGAGAAAGGUGGUGCUGGUGCAGUUUUUGAUUGAGAACACUGCCCAAAUCUUUACUGAGGACUUCCCUGUGGGCUGGUAGGGGAGCUCAGGUACUGUG